ACUUCUGGAUGAGAGAAGGAGGAAUUAAACCGCAGAUCCACUCAUAGUGUCGCUAAAUCUCGCUGCUAAAUCUCGCGAGAUUUCGGCACGAGCCCUUUUCCAUAAUAGCGAGCUUGCUUGAACUCCGCAGAAUCACAGGGAGCAGCGCCGGGACAAUGGGCUCGCCGGGGUUGCCGUGCUAUCAGAUGGAGAUGUGAUGAAUGAAUGCGACGUUUCUUUCUCAGUUGAAGAGCCCCGGUGUCGCCGCGUGACCGACAUCUCUGCCUUGCGUCUCCGCCUCGCGCCGAGCAGCGGUGCAGAGAACCUGGCGGCUGCUUGAAUACAGAUGUUACUUCGUGGAAAAUCUGCGAGUAUUUCGGCUUUUUCCAUCCCACAGUAAGCAGAUUCCAGGGCUGCCGGCUGCCGGAGGGACCGUGCUGGCCCAGCUGUCUACCACUCAGAGCCCCCUGUGUUUAAAGGGGUCUCUGGACUGCCCAGGAGGGGGAGUGUUCCGUGGUGAUAUUGCAGUGAACUUGGCUCCUACGAAACGUCCACCGCGUGCCUGAUUGUUUGUUUUGCUCAGCUUGUUAAAGGCCACAUACAUUGAGGAACAAAGUCAUCUUGGUUCUUCGGGAAUGGCUCUACUGUCCUCUCGGUUUGGCCGUCGGAUCUCCCCCGAAGCCAGGCUUAAGCCAGCGUCCCAGUGGGGCUUCUGCACAUUUGGGUUCUAGCGCCACCCCCCCUCCCCACCUGGAUCCUAAUUCUGACCCACUCCCCGGGGUUAUGAGAGCAGCACCUGAGUGCGGGGACGUGGCCCGGCUGUGAUGUUUGCCCCCAGCUGCAGGAUGAACCUUCCGGCAGUCCUGAACGGCCUGCUGGUCUCGGUGGUGGCGGCAGUCCUGUGGAAGUACGCCAGCCUGCGCGAGCACGCCUCCCUUCUGGAGGAGGAGCUGCUGCUGACGCGGCAGUCGCAGGAGCUGUCUCAGGCGCGCGUCGACUAUCACGCCGCCCUGCUGGCGCUGCAGGAGCAGGGCACGCGCAUGGUCUGCACGGGCAAGAUGCACACCGACCGCAUCUGCCGCUUCGACUACCUGUGCUACUGCGCCGAGGCCGAGGAGUUUGUCUUUUUCCACAGCAACGCCUCGGUCAUGCUCCCAAACCUGGGCCCCCGCCGCUUCCAGCCUGCCCUCCUGGACCUCUCUUCCGUGGAGGACCACAAUACCCAAUACUUCAACUUCAUGGAGUUGCCAGCUGCUGCCCUCAAGUUCAUGCCCAAGCCCGUGUUUGUGCCUGACGUCACGCUCAUUCUCAACCGCUUCAACCCCGACAACCUCAUGCACAUCUUCCAUGACGACCUGCUGCCUAUAUUCUACACCAUGAGCCAGUACUCGGACCUGGACAGCGAGGCCCGCCUCGUCUUCAUGGAGGGCUGGGCGGAAGGGCCCUACUUCGAUCUCUACCGACUGCUCAGCAGCAAACAGCCGCUCCUCAAGGAGCAGCUGAGAAACUUUGGCAAGCUGCUGUGCUUCACAAAGUCGUAUGUGGGCUUGUCCAAGAUGACCACCUGGUACCAGUAUGGCUUUGUCCAGCCACAGGGCGCCAAGGCCAACAUAUUGGUCUCGGGGAACGAGAUAAGACAGUUUGCGACUUUUCUCAUGGAGAAGCUCAACAUCACUAGGGAGGAGACCCCGGCAAGCGAGGAGUACAUUGUGGUCUUCAGCCGUACUGCUAACAGGCUCAUCCUGAAUGAGGCGGAGCUGCUCCUGGCACUAGCUCAGGAGUUUCAGAUGAAGACCGUCACAGUGUCCCUCGAGGAGCAUUCCCUCUCGGAGGUGAUCCGUGUCAUUGCCGGUGCCUCCAUGUUGGUCAGCAUGCACGGAGCACAGUUGGUCACCUCCCUCUUUCUCCCACGUGGUGCUGCUGUAGUAGAGCUCUUCCCCUACGCUGUCAACCCAGAGCACUAUACCCCUUACAAAACCUUGGCCUCCUUACCAGGAAUGGACCUCCAGUAUGUAGCUUGGAGAAACACCAUUGAGGAAAAUUCCAUGACCCAUCCAGAGCGACCUUGGGAACAGGGUGGGAUCGCCCACCUGGAACCAGAGGAGCAGGUGCGAAUUCUCCAGAGCAAGGAGGUACCACGUCAUCUGUGUUGUCGCAACCCCGAAUGGCUCUUCCGGAUCUACCAAGACACAAAUGUGAAUAUUCCUUCUCUGCUGGAUGUCCUGAGGCAGAUUCUGAAGUCCAAGCCCAACUUGAAGAGAACCAAGACAGGCAGCGUUGUGCACCCAGGACGGGUUCGGGAGCCCAAGUGCCAGACUUCAGUGCAGGCCACCAACGAGGCUAAGAUGAUGGUGUCGUGGCAAAUUCCCUGGAACCUAAAGUAUCUUAAGGUCAAGGAUGUCAAGUAUGAAGUGUGGAUUCAGGAGCAAGGCGAGAACACCUACAUGCCUUAUAUCCUACCACACCAGAACUACACCUUCUCUGAGAACAUUAAGCCCUUCACCACGUACCUGGUCUGGGUGCGCUGCAUCUUCAACAAGAACCUUCUGGGCCCAUUUGCAGAUGUCCUGCUGUGCAAAACCUGAUACCAACUGGUUGGCAAAAUCAUAGAGGGCCACCAGGUGUCCUGAUGCAGACAGUCGGAUGAUGUGGCAGGAGGGGAUUCGCUGUGGCAAGGGAAUGACAAUUUCGUCACAUUGGUUCGCAGUCAGACUGGGCAGAAACGAGGUCCCCCUUUUGGAAGCACUAAGAUUUAAUACCUGUGACACUGAAUGGUCACCUUCCAUAGGGCCCAGAAAGUGUGAAGCCCUGAAAUGAAGAGUUUUAAGCAGAUAUUAGAUAUUAUGAAGCUAUGAACAGAAGAGUCUAUUUAUGAUUUGAUGUCAUUCUGCUGCAGAACAGGACAUAAAUGUUAGCACAACUGUAAGUCUACAUCUAGGAUGCACAGAUUGUCUUACACUGGUAUUUAUAAAUGAAAGGAAUAAUAUUAGUUAUUUAAUUUUUAUUUAUUGCUCAGAGAUUGAUUUGUAUUUGGGUUGUUUGUGUUUAGUAUAAUGUAGGUUUACUGCAAAUUAAUACCCAUUUCACAUUUUUUGCCAUAAAUUAUUAAACUAUCAAAUAGAUUAGAAUCAGGUAAACUAGAAUUAGACAUGGUUGGAUCUUCUCCACUCUGGAAGUGUUGCUUGGUUAUUCUGACUUUUUCAUUAGUUGAUGUUUUGUUUCAGGGACUUUGUAUAAAGUCCGUGCAUAUGGGGUGGGGAAGACAGAACGUUUUUACGACGUGUUGAUUUUUAAUGUUUGUUUAGAGUAUGAGUUGAUUGUAAUUGUAAGGAUCUGGAUCUUGUCUGUGUUUCUUGGGACAUUUUGGUAGCAUAGAUAUUGUGCAGGAGAAGUUAAAUUGUAGUCUCCAAACAUAUUUUUUCCUCCAUCUGUUGGACUGGACAUUUGCUUCAUACAGAGUAAGCUAUUCUUCAUGGAGGAGAUCAUGGUAAAAUACUCAGCUUUUUUUUUGUUUUUUUUUGUUAACGUCUGACUGAACAUGUAAAAAAAAAAAAUCCAUUAAUUCUCUA